AUGGAUUAUAAGUCAGUGGAUGAGUACAAUUCAGUCUUAUUUAAGACGGUCUCAAUGCUGAGACUUUGUGGUGAAGUUGUAACCGAAGAAGAGUUACUUGAGAAAACAUUCUCUACAUUUCAUUCAUCAAACAUAAUACUGCAGCAGCAGUACCGAAUGAAAGGCUUCGCCACAUACACUGAUCUGAUCUCGUGUCUGCUACUGGCCGAGGCAAACAAUGAGCUCCUGAUGAAGAACAGUGAAGCUAGACCUGUUGGAACAGCAACAUUACCAGAGGCCAAUGAGGUUGAAAAGAAAGAUCCCAACGAGUGCAAUUACAUCCAGAAUGAUAAGAGAUCACACGGCAAAGGCCAAGGUGGAUAUAGGAACCGUGAUCCUGACAAUUACUCGAACAACCGAGACAAAUACUUGGCCGGCCGGAAAGGACACCACAAUAACUGUGGUCGUGGUUCCAAUCCCGGCCGUGGCCGAGGCGGUUAUGGCCGAAGCGGUUAUGGCCGAGGUCGAGGCGGUAUAUCCAAACCGUCUUACUCGACCAAAUCCGUUUUUCACAGAUGUGGGAUGAGUAACCAUUGGGCCAAAAAUUGUAGAACCCUUAAGCACUUGUGUGAGCUCUACCAAGAAAGUCUUAAGAACAAGAACCCAGAGGCUCACAUGGUUCACGACUCCGGAUAUGAGGCUGAUGAUGAUUCCGACACUGCUAAAGAUGACCUAAUGGAUUUUGAGACUUCUGAUUGGACGGAGAAGAACGGUCAGGCUCAGGAAGGGAUUGCAGCACUCAGGGAUAACGUGGAUACUCUCAUUGUUAUUCCAAACGACAUGUUACUCACAGCUGUCUCUCUAUUUCGACUCCUGUUCCAGAAGCAUUCAAUCUGGCAGAUGAUAUGCUUCGUCAAGGGGUACCGUGGAAUCUCUGAUAACAUCACGAUUCUUGGAUUGGUUAAUGUGGAUUUUGCUGAUGUGAGGGCUAUAAUGGCAAAUGCAGGUUCUUCAUUAAUGGGAGUAGGAACAGCUACAGAAAGAAGUGUUCUGGUUAUCACCAUCAUCAUCAUCAUCAUAUUCGGCACUGUGGUAGAUCCAUCCUUUAGUGGUCAAGUAAGUAUUACCCUAAUAGCAACCGGCUUCAAACGCCAAGAAGAAGGAGAAAGGAAGCCACUUCAGGGGACGCAAGUGGAUGCAUCAAUGGGAGUAACAAGACGUUCUUCUUCAUCAUUCACUGAAGGUUCUGAAAUAGAGGAAGAAUUACGAGAUAUGAAAGCACACAAAGCAUACUACAACAUGCUUCAUUUCGUUGCAAAUGCGCAACAGGGGAUUCCCAAGAUGUGCCCCUGUGGAUCUAUCACGAAGGAGGUCGUCGAUGAAGAGGAUACAUAUGACUACCUCCCUGGGAAAAGAUACUUCAUAUGCAAAGACUAUGAGAAUGACGGGAUGCAUUUCAGGCAACCAUGGGUUAUGGGAAUGCAACAAGAGGUUGAGAGACUCAAAGAACGUUUUCACGAGCAGGAGAAGCUUCUGCGAGAGUGCGAGGCACUUAAGGGCCAGGUGAGGAUGCUGCUUAUGCGGGUGGCUGAACUCGAGAAAAGAAACUUACCGGUUUCUAACUAA